AUGCUUUGUAAAAUGUAUGUCAAAAGGUUCGAGCCUACAUUAGUCUUUUCAUUAGGUAAAACAAAAGAAUCAACUACAAAUUUAUUGAUUUCAACUAAACAAUCUGUCAAUAAAUUGUCUUUUGAUGAAUUAGCACAUUUGUGUCAUCGUGGACUUCCUUUACGUGUUUGGUCGAAUAAAAAUGAAUCAAAAGUCGUAUGUCUUUGUCCACAUACUUAUUAUGGUUCGAAAUGUCAAUAUCAAAAUCAACGAAUUAGUUUUUCAAUUAAAAUUCAGUUAUUGUCACAUAUGAGAGAAAUUCCAUUUCAAAUAAUUAUUUUUCUUAUUGAAAAUAAUAAUCAAAGAAUUAUUCAUUCAUAUGUACAAUUCAUGUAUAUGCGUAUUAGAGAUUGUGAAGCAAAAUUUAGUACCCAUUUACUUUACUCAACACGAUCAAAAAAUCUAACUCAAAAUUAUUUCAUACAUAUUGAUAUUUAUGAUAAAACUUCAUCAAUUUAUCAUGGAAGUUUUUUAUAUCCAAUUAUAAAUUCAUUUUUACCUGUUCAUCCUCUAAAUUUAUCGAUUGAUAUUCCUUCAUUAAAUAAUGAAAUUAAAUAUUGUUCAAAAAAACAUCAUUGUAUUCAUGGUAAAUGUAUUAAAUAUUUAAAUAUUGAACAAGAUGAGAAUUUUUGUCAAUGCGAUCCAGGAUGGUCUGGACAAUAUUGUACAAUUUCACAUUUAAUUCAUUGUAAAUGUUCACCCGAUUCAAUAUGUCUUGGUAUUGAUGCUCAUAAUCGACCGAUAUGUCUUUGUCCAUUACAUAAAAUUGGCUCUCGAUGA